AUGAUUUAUAUUAUUAAGAAAUAUAUAUAUUUUGAAUUAUUAAUAUUAUUACGAGCUGUAAAUCAUUGGAUAUCAGUAGACAAAUAUAUAAAUAUUGCCAUAGUUUCAUAUUUAACGGUUUUAGGAUUUAUUUAUAUAUUAUUUAAAUUUAAAUUUGAAAAUCACAAGAGUGUUUUGUUAAACUGCGAUUUUAGGAACAAGCAUGUUUGCAUUAUAGGUGGUUCCGAAGGAUUUGGACUUUCGUUAGCCAAAAAAAUAGUACACGAAAAGCCUCAUACAAUAUCUAUUUUGGCGAGAAAUGUAAAUAAACUUGAAAAUGCAAAAAAUAUAUUAAUAAAUGAAAUAACAAAAAAAGGUGUGAAUGUUAAAAUAAAUAUAAUUCAAUGCAAUUUAGCUUUAAAGGAAUCAAUUAAUGAAGCAUUUAACAAUGUAUUAAUGAAUAAGAGCUUAGAUGAAAAUAGAGAUGAAUCAAAUAAUAUACACCAAAAUAAUAUUCAUUUUAGAAAUAAAAAAAUAAAAAAUGAAGAACUUAAUCCAAACAAUAUAAACAAUAUAGAUGUGCUUAUAUGCAAUGCUGCUUACGUAUCUACUAAUGAAAAUGAAAAGUUGAAAUUAAGCGAUUUGCUUUACACGAUCAAUACAAAUAUUUAUGGAAAUAUCGAUUUUAUAUCUAAGGCUGUUUUACAUAUGAAAAAUAAAAAAAUAGCAAUAAAAUGUGAACAAAUUCAAUCGAAUGAAAAAGAUAAAAAUAAUAAAAUUUCUAAACAAAACGAACGCCCAGGAGGAGGAAUGAUUUUGUUUAUAAACUCAGAGGGAGCAUUAUAUCCUGUAUAUGGUUAUUCUUACUAUUUGAUGAGCAAAUCGUGUAUGUGGGUAUAUAAUAAUAUACUUGAUCAAGAAUUAAAGCAUUUUAAUAUUCACAUUGUAAAUGCCUUUUUACCAUCAAUUGAAACACCAGGAUAUGUUCAAGAAAAUUUGACUAAACCACUUAUUACAAAAAAAAUAGAAGACAUGACAACUACUCUUAAUUCAGAUUAUGCAGCAAAGAAAGUUAUUGACAAAAUUAAGCAAGGAAAAAAAUUUAUAACAUUAGAUAUUAAUGGAUUUUUCUUAUCUAUCCUGCAUAGUGGGUAUAGAAACCCUGAUUGUUACUUUGAAUAUCUUAUAAGUGUAUCAUUUGCCGGCCCUUUGGUUUUUGUAUCAUCUCUAUAUAAGGUGUACAUUGAAUAUAUUAUUUAUACAAACAAAUGA